AUGAGAGAUUAUAACAGCAAUGAUGUUCCAUCGCCUAAAGGAGCAACCAAUUCAAUCAAGAAAGUUUCCAUGUUACCACUCAUUUUUCUCAUAUUCUACGAAGUCUCUGGAGGUCCUUUUGGUGCUGAAGGCAUUGUGAAUGCAGCAAGACCACUACUAGCUCUUCUCGGGUUUAAAAUCUUCCCAUUCAUUUGGUGUAUUCUAGAGGCACUAAUCACAGCAGAGAUGAGCACAAUGUUAUGA